CGAGACCGCAGUUUGCCAUUGGCCUCGGCCUCAAUUUUCCCAGCUCAAUCAUCUCCGAUCGUGAGCAGUGAAUUGAAACUCGUAUCAGUAGGAUAUUUGCCUCGUAGGCACGCGGCAAAGGAACCUUUCUACUUGUCUUAUUGGGAUUUUUCCGUCACUACUAACUAUUUCGAGAUCAACGUCACACAUCCCAGAACCCAUUCACUCGUUAUACAUAUCCCAAGAUGGUGACCCUAUCGACCAUUUCUUCGAGCUUUUACCGGCCAUCGUUGUUAGCUAUGUCAAGACAAUCCACCACCAUCCUCCAACCUCGUUCGUUCGCAAGAUAUGUUUCUUCCAAUGUGCGGUCCAGUCGGCAGAAACAGCGUCCUCUAGGAUACCUCAUGCUAGGACUAGGAGCCGCAGCGAGCGGCUUGGCUCUCGCAUCGGCCGUAAGCACUGAUCUGCUCCAGAUACCAGCAAAGGACACUACUCCCAGGUGGAGGGAAAGCGACAGAUCACCUAUUCGGGCGGGAAUGGCAUAUGCGGAUAGGGCAACUAUGUUAAAGGCUGUCGAUGAUAUACGUGAAAUACUUGGAGAAGACAUCGUGAGCGUAGACUCGGAUGACCUCGACGACCAUGGUUACUCAGAGUGGUCUACGUCAAAUACCGAUGUACGACCAGUGGCAAUUAUCCGGCCACAAACGACUGAAGAAGUCUCGAGUAUUGCACGUAUUUGCACCAAGUACAAGGUACCGAUGAUUCCAUACGGGGCUGGAUCCAGUGUCGAAGGCAAUUUUAGCUCCCCACAUUCAGGAGUAUGUCUCGACCUAUCUGGCAUGGAUAAAAUCGUGGCGUUUCACCCUGAGGAUAUGGAUAUCGUGGUUCAAGCCGGUGUCAAUUGGACUAAUAUGAAUGAAGAAAUCAAGCAUACUGGUCUCUUCUUGCCGCUUGAUCCUAGCCCUACUGCACUGAUCGGUGGCAUGGUAGCUACUAACUGCAGUGGUACUAAUGCUAUGAGAUAUGGAACAAUGAAGGAUUAUGUUAUUAACCUUACAGUAGUGCUCUCGGAUGGAUCGGUUAUUAAAACUCGCCACCGACCUCGGAAAACCUCAGCUGGCUAUAAUCUCACAGCUCUCUUUACUGGAUCUGAGGGGACAUUAGGUAUAAUUACUGAAGCGACCUUGAAGCUAGCCAUAAUGCCGGAGAACUUUUCUGUCGCGACAGCUACCUUCUCGACCGUCAAGGAAGCGGCUGAUGCGGCUUUUAAGAUCAUGCGACGUGGAGUUCCUCUCGCUGCCCUGGAAUUGAUGGACGAUGUUCAGAUGAAGGUCAUUAACCAGAGCGGCGGAGCAGGUGGAAGAGUAUGGGAAGAAUAUCCUACACUUUUCCUAAAGUUCUCAGGCUCCCAGAAUGCAGUUAAAGACAGCAUUAACUUGGCAAAGGAGAUCGCCAAGUCUAACAGCUGUCGUUCUUUCGAGUUUGCCAAAACGGAGGAUCAGAUGCAAUCCCUUUGGUCUGCCAGAAAACAAGCUUUGUGGGCAAGCCUUGCCGUCCGACCAGAGGGCACACAGAUUUGGUCCACAGAUGUUGCCGUCCCUCUGUCUCGAAUGGCCGAACUGAUCGAAAUAUCAAAGCAAAAGGCCAGCCACCUUGGACUCUUCAACAGUGUUCUGGGACAUGUUGGUGAUGGCAACUUCCAUCAGAUUGUCAUGUACAACCCAGAUGAUAAGCAGGAACGCCAAGCUGUGUCAGAUUGUGUGGAUGGGAUGAUGGUGAGAGCACUGGAGAUGGAGGGCACAGUAUCAGGCGAGCAUGGGAUCGGAUUGGGAAAGAAGCACUGCCUACAAAAAGAGCUCGGUCCAGCAACUAUCGGUAUUAUGAAAGCCCUCAAAGACACCCUGGAUCCCCAUUGGCUCUUGAAUCCGGGUAAAGUAUUCGAUCCAUGAAGAAAGAGGGUCAUUGCGAGAGUCUCGAAGUCUUCAUCUACUCGAUCAUGUCAUGAUCUUGGUGUUGAUAAAAAUGGAAAUAUGGAUGUUAGAGUCAGCAUAGCUAGAUAUAAGUACAUAGAGAAUAUAUAUACGCACUUUGCAAAGAGAACUUUGUGAAAGACCUAACCGACCAAAUCUGCAUAAGCCUCCUUUCGUUCGCC